AUCGCUGCACUUCACUCGAGUCCUGGAGGAGCGAGAGCCUGAGGUGGCGUCCGAGCAGGAGGCGCGCGUCGCUACCUACCUAGCUGUAUAGCUGGCCCCGUGGCAGCGGCGACGUCGUGGUGAGAGAGAAGUGGCAGCGCAUCCACAUCACCACAUCGGCACCAAGCAUCGUUCCUGCACACUCCUUCGAGGACGACCGACUGCACUUUGCAUCUGCAACCAUGGCUGCCACCGCCCCAGCAAAGGACGAGAUCGUCCAUGCCCAUCCAGGAAUCGUGGACUGGUGGGUGAACGAAAUGGGCGGCAAGGCGAUGGACGAGAACAUGAUCCACCGCUACAUGACCGAGUCUCCGUUCUUCGAAUGGAGUAGCAAGAACGGGCUGCUGUUCGAGCAGGGAAAAGUGGAUUGGGCGAUUCAUACCAUGUGCAACAACCGCAAAGCACUGGAAGAGAAUCUCAGGCAAAAGCCUGGUCUGGAGUUCAUGAUUGUGCAAGAGCCGCAACCUGUGGCAGACAAGGAGUUGGCGGCGCAGGGCGUCACCACUGGCGUCUAUGUGAUACGAAAGCAGGACCGACAGAGGGCAACGCCCGGGCCACGCGUGCGGCCCCCCAGUGUCAUCCUCGAAGAUAGAUGGGAGCUCACCGUUCUAGGCACGUAUUUCAUUGUUGGGCAGAAUGUCUAUCAAUCACCGAGUGUCUUCGAUGUCAUCGAGAAUCGUUUGCUCUCUGCCGCCAGUACUCUGAACAAGUUUGUGGACACCACAUUGGCACUUCCUCGCUAUAGCCCAGCGUCAGGCUAUAGUUACCUUCCACAAAGCCAAACGUCGAAGCGCACCGCCGCAGUGUCGUUGGCUGGAUCGCCUGCAGGAUCUCGGGAAGGCAGUGUUGUGCCCGGGACAGACGCGCACUCACUCCGUUCGGGUUCUUUGGUGCCAGACUCCACCAUGGCGACCUCGAAAGCAGCAUCAGAUUACGACCAAAUUCGUUUGCUGGCGACGUCACUUGCAAUGUCAAUCAAUUAUGCCGAUGACUACACUGACGAGAAUCCUUUGAUGGGUGAGCCCGGCAACUUCAAAUUUGCCAUGACUGAGGCUGCGGUGAAGAAACGGAGAGGCGAGGAAGAAGUCGCUGCCGCGAAAGCCCACGCUGAAAAGCAGUCGAGUUUAAAUAGCCGUGCGGAUGCUGCUAGGGCAGAGACAGUCCCACCAAAGGUCGAAAAGGCUCCCGCAGCCUUCUCGACAGAGACGAAGAUCAAGAAUGAUGAGAAACGCAAGAAUAGCCAUGCAAGUGGCAAACGCAAGAAGAGCAAGAAGGGCAUAAACAGCGCAGGACCAAGUCCAACAACGCCUAGUGCUAGCUCCGCUCCAACGCCGAAGGCUGGUUGACCGCACGAAGUCAGUAUUCGGGAAUUAAGACUACAACUUCUCAAGUGGCCGCAGUCACGGUGGAUGUGGGCAGGCACGUAUAAGGCAUAAAAUGUUUGCUGUGGUAUCACAGAGUAAGACCCAAGCCAGCACCAGGUGUCCCUCGAGACAUUCGAAUCACCCACCACAUGCUCUAGUCUGGGCUUCAGAGUUCGCAUGUGCACUUCAACGCUAUGGAAUACAUCGUGAGUAUAUAAGUUUUGUUUGGGGUUUCGUGGAUGAGGCUCUCAGUAAUUGUAGGGUCUAGGACCACAGGCAGUAUGUGUCAGAAGCAGUGUCGGAGGAAUGAGGGCAGUCGUGAAUGACCACAGAGGAUAUCUGAGGUGUCUUGGGAUUUCGAUCUCUCCUGCUCCCCGGAGCCUGACUCACGCCCAUUGGACUCUUGGACACUUGUCUCCUUUUCGCAGAUGGGCAUCGAUAGCAGUCGUCAUAAUGCACGCGUAGCCAAAGUCGCAGUCCAUUGCCGUGGCCGUGGCCGUGUCCGUGGC